GUAGCGGCGGGAGCUGCUCUGGCCCGGGUUCCGGCUGUAUUUCUAUGAGCGCAGCCGGCUGCUGCGGAGCUGAGGGAACCGGACUCCGGGCGGGCUAGACCGCUGGAGUCAACGAGCAAAGCUUUUAGGUUAAUUUGAAUACGAGAUCAGAUCUGAUUGGCCCACCUGUACACCUCUUCAAGGAAAGCCCAUAUUCUCCGUGAGAGGAAUAGCGACUUAGAUCAAGAUGAAUGCCAUGCUGGAGACCCCGGAGCUUCCCGCUGUGUUUGACGGGGUGAAGCUGGCUGCCGUGGCCGCAGUUCUCUACGUCAUCGUGCGGUGUUUGAACCUAAAGAGCCCGACUGCCCCUCCUGACCUGUACUUCCAGGACUCCGGGCUGUCACGUUUCCUGCUCAAAUCCUGUCCUCUUCUGACCAAAGAAUACAUUCCACCACUGAUCUGGGGGAAAAGCGGACAUAUCCAGACAGCCUUGUAUGGGAAGAUGGGGAGGGUGAGGUCGCCCCACCCUUACGGGCACCGCAAGUUCAUCACCAUGUCGGAUGGUGCCACUUCUACAUUCGACCUCUUUGAGCCCCUGGCUGAGCACUGUGUUGGAGAUGACAUCACCAUGGUCAUCUGUCCUGGAAUUGCCAAUCACAGCGAGAAGCAGUAUAUCCGAACCUUCGUUGACUAUGCCCAGAAAAAUGGCUACCGGUGCGCAGUGCUAAACCACCUGGGAGCCCUCCCCAACAUUGAGCUGACCUCCCCACGAAUGUUCACCUAUGGCUGCACGUGGGAAUUUGGAGCCAUGGUCAACUACAUCAAGAGGACAUACCCCCAGACCCAGCUGGUCGUCGUGGGCUUCAGCCUGGGCGGUAACAUCGUGUGCAAAUACUUGGGAGAGACUCAGGCGAACCAGGAAAAGGUCCUGUGCUGUGUCAGUGUGUGCCAGGGGUACAGCGCACUGAGGGCCCAGGAGACCUUCAUGCAGUGGGACCAGUGCCGCCGCUUCUACAACUUCCUCAUGGCUGACAACAUGAAGAAGAUCAUCCUGUCUCACAGACAAGCUCUCUUUGGAGACCAUGUUAAGAAACCCCAGAGCCUGGAGGACACAGACUUGAGCCGGCUCUACACAGCAACAUCCCUGAUGCAGAUUGAUGACAAUGUGAUGAGAAAGUUCCACGGCUAUAACUCCCUGAAGGAAUACUAUGAGGAAGAGAGCUGCAUGAGGUACCUGCACAGGAUAUACGUGCCUCUCAUGCUGGUUAAUGCAGCCGACGACCCCUUGGUGCACGAAAGCCUUCUAACCAUUCCAAAGUCUCUCUCAGAGAAACGGGAGAAUGUCAUGUUUGUGCUGCCUCUGCAUGGGGGCCACCUGGGCUUCUUCGAGGGCUCUGUGCUGUUCCCCGAGCCGCUGACGUGGAUGGAUAAGCUGGUGGUGGAGUACGCCAAUGCCAUUUGCCAAUGGGAAAGGAAUAAGUCUCAGUGCUCAGACACGGAGCAGAUGGAGGCCGAGUUGGAAUGAGGCCUCCGGACUCUGGCGUGCUCCAGCGGCCCUCCUCUGGAACCCACGUCCCUUUGACGGCUGUUUCAGGUUUCUCAGUGACCUGGAUCUGACCUCAUACCAUCAGUGGGGGGUUACCCAUCAUGCAACCUGUCUCAAGUAGGCGGCUCUCCCUGGGAGCUCCAGGCUAUUUUUGUGCUUAGUUACGGGUUUUCUCCUUUGCAUUGUUAGCCAUGGUGACAAGCUACAAGAUUCUCACCCUUCUGUCCGGUUUCGGUAUCUGACUGCUUUCACGCUGGUUACAUCUAGUCUUCCUAUUAAGGAGCGAGUCUGAAGUACGAUUUUGCUUUGCCAAUCAAAAGCCUUUCCCUGAGAACAGUGAAGGAUGUAUGUCACUUUGUGAUGGAUGUACGCGCCCUACUAGAGUCCCCACCAAGAAGUCAGCAUCCCCAGCUUGGGAGUCUGAGAGCCUGGGGCUUCCUGGGCCUGAGUUUCGCCUUUGAAGCAAAGGAAAUUCUCUGAAUCAAAAGCCAAGUUUUCCUUGUCAUUGUCUCCUAAGACACCUCUCUGUCUUUGUCUCGCUGCUGCUGAGAGUUGCAUGGGGCACUUGUCUAAAAAUUCAGCCUCCCAGAUCCCUCCCCUCAGAGAGGCUGAUUCGGUGAGCUUGGGAAGGGCUCUGGGGAUUUUAAUUUUUGACAAGUGCCCCAGGGAAUUCUCAUCAUCCAGCAAACUGAGGGAAACACCAUGCUACUAUGCCUUUAAGUUAGAAAGAUCGUGGUGGCUCAUUUAAUUGGCAUUCAUAAGCCACAGUGUCUCUUUGCUCCCAGAGACCUCCAAAGCAGCAAGGUCUGUUGGAUGGCUGCCCUUGUGUGAUAUCCCUAAAAGGGAGAGGACAUCUGAGCUGAGUCUGGCUCUGCUUCUCCCUGGCUGUAUGACCCUGGCUAUAUGACCCUGGCUAUGUCCCUUUGGACUUGACUCUCCUCCCCUAUUAAGUGGGGCUUGGACCAGGUAGAUUGCCAAGGUGACCCCCAGCUCAUCCUCCCAGGGGUCUGGGACUCCACCCCCCACACUGAGCUGUAAACGCCAUAGUUGCGUUUCCUCCCUUCCCCAUUUCAUAGAAAAAUAUUUGAGAGUCUUAAUCACUCUCUUGAAAUUGUAGUUUUUCAUCCCAGUUCUACCCAAUGUCUAAUUGAUAUCAAACAACCCAAAAGUUGGAUGUGAAUUUGAAGAAGUGUAUCUCCAGCUAAGAGAAGGGGGUGUUCUUUUGAAGCCUCUGUGUGUGGUCUGCUGGGUAGAUCUUUCUGAAAUGACUUCUCAAGCGGACUUCUUGCUCUAGCUAGGGUUCACGAACUCCUCUUGUGGAGCCCUGGGGUACUCGAGUCCCUAAGAACCUGCACUUUGAAAAGUCCGCAGUUGCUAUCCAGAAUUGACCGAGACUGUGGGUGAAUUGCCUGAGUCAUUGUUUCCUCUGCUUGUCUCCGCUGGCGCCAGGGCAGCCUGAGAUGUAGUCGUGGGUCUGUGGGUGUUAAAGGAGCCACCUGAACACCUCGGGGCUGCGGGUGGAAUAGAGCGUGGGCACAGGCCCGAGAGACCGACAGGAAAGCCUGUGAACAUGAAGCACUGUUUUCUGACAAUCACUAGGUCAUCCCAGUCGUCACUGAGAUGUCUGCAGCCUCCACUUUGCUUUUUGCUAUAAUUUGUUACAUUCACCAAAUCCUGUCCCCGCGCCCUCCUCAUGGUGGCCAUUUCUCUGCUGCAUUUCUCUUAGCACAGAUUGGCACUUUAUCAUUCAUCUCUCAAUUUGGAAGCGAAUCCCUCUCUGUUGGUUUUCCCUCUCCCCUACCACAGCUAUAAUCUAGAAGGCUCACACAUAGUUCCUGCAUCCUGCCUUCAUCCCUGAAGACUUAAUGACAGCAGUAAGGUCACAGAGUUGAGUCACUGUCCCUGGAAGGGAGGGGCUCCCUUCGCUUGCCCGAGGUCAUCUCUUCCCAAGUCCUGACAAAGCAGUGGCUUGGGUGCCACCUGCUUCAGAGGAAAUCAGCCCUGCAGUGACACUCAGGAGGAAGUGGGAGGCUAUCCUGGGAGCCUGGUCCCUGCAGUAGCUCCGGAGGCCCGAUGGGGAGAGGUGGGGCUGCCUCAGUCCAGAGCCAGGCCCCGGGGCUGGGGGGGAGGGGAUGUGUACCAGCUGAAGCCUCCUCAGUGUGUCGCCCUGAAUGGCGCUGGCAUUCCGUUUUGCUUCACAUGAAAUCAACUGAAGCUCUUUAUUCAAGCUUUGGGCUCUCAGACAUGGAAAUGAGACCGUGACCAUGGCAGUCGGACAGGAAAAUUCUUGUUUGACCCUGAAUGAGAGUACAGAGGCAUGACUGUGGAGGUGCCAGCUAGCCUAAUGAAUGAGGGAACAGCCCUCUAUGUAGGUCAGCCGCUUUCCUUCCACUGGGCUUCCUCCCUUUCUUCCCAAAGUCAUCCAUUCCUGAUAAUGAUGUGACCUGUCUGCUGGCUACCAAAUACGUACUUGGACAAAAGGUUGAAUUUUUAGAGAGCAUUUGAAUAUUCUGUUUUUAAAUCAAGGAUAUAAAUUACAUAGGUGUGGACAAUUCUGUGGCAGGAGUAACAUCAAGACCCAAGUGGGGAGUGUACCUAUAUUAUUCUAGUUAUAUUCCCUCCUUCCCAAAUAAUUGAAAACCAUGGACUUGAGUCAAAUUAGGAUUACCUAGCAUCAAAAUAAUUAUCAAGGCUGCAUAGUUAGCAGGGAGGCUUGCAGACUUGAAAGCCCGUUCUUUCCUGUAACGACUUUGCAUCGUCCACGCCAGAGCAGAAUGAACACGGAAAGCACGUCAGUGUAUUCCUUUCGUUUCUGUGGCUUCUUACACUCACAGGGAACCUUGGGGUCUACUGAAAUAUUCCGGUAAGGGUGUCUUCCUUUAUUUACAUGGUGUUACAGAACCAGGGUCAGGAGACAUGUUGCUCAUCCCUACUGGCUCUGACUCAUGCCAGACAUAGGGGAAAGUCACUUCACCUCUGAACCUAUUACCUCGUUCUACAUCGUCUCUGAGGCUGCUUCACUCCCUUGUGAAUCGUUUGCUCCGUCCUCGUUAAGUGUGUCUGAAGUUGCAUGUCGAAGGGGGUGAAUCCCGACCCCUAAGUUCAUCUUGAGAGAGAAAGGAGCGUGUUCACUCAGCUCUUCCUAGUCAGGAUCCGAGUCAGCAUCCAAAGCUCCGUCUUUGGCCUCUCUUCCUAGUCUUCACCCAUGACAGCUUCCUUGCUAUUCUGAGGGUAGUCUUGUGACUGUAGCAGGUGAGGGCCACGGUAAUGAGGAGGGUACCUCCAGCCUUCAGUGUGACCGGGCAAAGCGUGGAUGGUUGCCAAGCCAGAAGCCCUUCCCCUGCAGGCUGAAGCUUCUGGGUAGCUGAGCUUAUCUGGCUGGCAUCCGGAUGAAAGCGCUCUUUGUAAGUGGCUGACUUGAGAUAGGGUUUGCCAGCCCCGGAGAUACAGAACAUGUGUUUAUGUUUGCCCCGGAAGCAGGUGUUAGAGAUGUGAGAGGCUUUUCUUUUCUUGUGUCCUUGAUCCUGACUUGAGUGACAGUUUUAAAAGGAGAAGGAAGUGGGGGUGGGGGUGGAGAUAGGACUUGUGGAGUUGAAGGCACUCCUGGGUUUUCUUCCUUCAGGCACACGAGAGCAUCCUUAGGAAGCAUGUCACUUCAGCAUCCUGUUACAGUGUCACCUGGAAUUGUUCUCUUUACCCAGAAAGCCUUAACUUGCCUCUAGAAAAUCCCCUGGUAUGACAACAUUGUGGCAUAAGACUUCAAACCCUUCUGCUGUGAAAGUCUGAAGCAAAAACCACAGCCAAACCAGAGAAUUUCCUCAGGUGGCCUGGAGGCUCCUAUGACAUCACCCCCACCUCUCACCCCAACACCUCGAGUGAUCUGGAACACCCCCCCCCUUGGCCUUACUUUCUUUCAAAGCCACAUUCCGUCACUCAAAUGCUUCUAAAAGGGACCUGCUUGACAUGUAGAGGCCAAGCCAUCGAGGGCCAGGUUUCUUUCACCUGUUAGCUAAGCAGAGGACAGUGCCCCCUCUGUCUGGGGUCGCUUUUCCUAAACUCUAUUUACAGCUAAGGACACGGGCGGGCGCAGGCCCCUGCUGGCUGAGGACCCAGAACGGCAUCCAGACAAAGCAAAGGCUGCUCUGCCGGCCUUGCUGCCUCCAGGUGCUACAGCCCAGCAUCCUCCUGCAGUAGUCCUUAGAAACAGGCCACAGAGUACAGCUUGCCAACAGGCCCCAGACACCCAGAACAUAGACAGCUGUCUCUUUAGGAAGGGAGGGCCCGUCUGCCAUGUCUCCCAGCUGUCUUUUCCUGGCAUAGAUGUAGGUAGAACUUUCACCAAGGCCUGAUAAAGAAACCGACAUCAGUUUCUAGUUGCUAGAUUGAGACUGACAUAGUUUCAGAAAGUUCACAACUUUUUACUAGACUCCUGUCAAUUAGGAAAUCUAUAACUGGUCCCCAUUAGCCAAGUCAUCUUCUGUUGCCAUAAAUUGGGGACAGUCCACUUCUAGCGCCUGUAGGAGAACCCUUAGUGUCAGUGGGCAUUCUGCCCCCAGACCACAGACACAGCAGUCAACAUCACCUAAAAUCAUCGCCGACCUCCUUGGUCCCCAGGGCCACGCACCACCGCUCUGCUGUCCCGGGCAGCUCUCAUGAGGAAACCUAGUUCCUGGCCAGAGGAGCUAGGCUCACUUUGCUCUUCAUUUCGGCCUCUUUAGUUUUCCUAAAGCACAAAUCCGUGUAGAAUCCUGUUACCUCUCCACACCCGUUCCAGGUGACCUGGCUGUCUCCCCCAGCCUCAGGCCGCUGCCUUAGUGACCAGGCUGGGGCGGGGGAGGGGCCAGCUCGCUCCCUCCUUUUCCCAGGUAGACUCCAACCGACCCACCCGACCGCAGUCUUACGUCGGCAGAUCUGCUUCCAGAUUGAUUUUUUUUUUUUUUUGAGAACCAUCACUUUUACAUUCCUGAUUCUAAUGAGUUUUGUUUUGUUCUCUCUGGGUUUCACGGAACUCCAGAUGCUGUCCUGGAAAUACUGUAUUUUGGAGUUCAUGCUCCGGAAGCCCCUAUGCUGCUGGGUCUUUUGACUCUUCCAGCAGCAGGUGUUUCGGACUUGCAAUUAGCAAUGCAAUUUUUUCUAAAUAUGACGAUAUUUACCUUUAUUAAGAAAUUAUCUAAACAAUGGCAUCCUUGAUUGUUUCAUGUUCUCACAUUUCUUUUGGAAUCUGUGGUGGUAAAUGAAGAUCAUUACAAACAAAAACUGUAAUUUUGUUAUCUUUGAUUCAACGGAAUUUCUUUACUUAAAAAAGAAAAUAAAGACAAAAAAAUGUAAA